AUGCACUUUGAUAAAGCAUUCGAUCCAGCAAAGGAAGAUGAUGAAUCUGAGUCUCGGAUGAUCGUGAUGACGGAAGAAAAUCUUUAUUUAAUGAGCGUCUUCGUCAACAACGGAGUUGAUUUAUCUGCAGAGCAUAUAGGGUUGUGGUUUGGAAUCCAUAUUUGGGACAAACAAGGUGGAUCCAACUCAGAGUCCUCACGUCUAUCCUGCUCGAAACAGUUCAUGUUCAGUUCGGAAGGGUUCCGUUACGGUAUCGGAUACGAAGAUAAGGGAUCUGGUCGUAACUACAAAAUAUUGAGAGAAGAGAAGCUCGUGGCUCAGUUCGACCAACCUUAUCCGUAUGGGUUAUCGUAUUAUAUCACGACUAUGCUAGAGGCCGAGAAGGUGUCGUGGAGCAAGUUCACCUUGUCGUCAUAUGAUAAAUAUUCAAUCCUUGAUGACAUUCACAUUCGGCUUUCAUUUGGGGGCUUCUACGAAGAGAAGAAAGUCCCCAUGAAUUCAGGUCAAAGGUUAAACUGCUACUUAUAUCACUACAUUGGAGGGGACGGAUACGGCGUUGAUUAUAUAGAACGUGAGCUACCCGCAUUCGAGGAUAGGAUUUGGCGAGAAUGCGUGUGCUUUUACGUUCCAAGUUUAGUGCAAAUCAAGCAUCCUAAAGGAGGCCAAAGAGAAAAAAAACAAAGUGAUCAUGUAGAAAAGCUUCGCUUUGAUGAAAUGAUGUGGAGACUUUCCUACUUUGAAAGGAGGUGCAAAAAGGUUCUCCUCGAGUUAGCUAAGAAGAAGGCGUCCGCCUGUAAAAAAAUCUCAUAUCCAAGAUCUGUUCGACCAGAAAAAGCUCGGCCCACCUCAUUUUUGUCCACUAAUAGCUUUGCCUCUUUAGCUUCUUCGGAUGAUGAGGAAGAGAAUACUUCAGGAAUGGUCGAUUAA